CAUCAAUUCUCGCGAGAUUUAUCGGCAGCCAUCUUCUUGGGGGUGCUGAGAGCCGAGAAGACCCCCUGAAUCGUUCCCGUUGAGCUGCCCUUCUUCUUCGCUUUCUUUACUUUUGCCUCUUCUGCGUUGCCAACAAGCACCUAGUUCCGAGACUGAGCGAAGGCCUGGGUCUAAGCGCGUGUCGCGCUUCCGGUCCCGGUAGAUUUGCUGGGGAACACAGAAGGGGGAGGGCCCGGGCAAACCGUUGCUGUCUCAGCCCGGGCCGGGGGCCAGGGAGGGGGAGCUCCUGGCACCCCGUGGACUCGCGGCCUGCGGCGGUCCCCGCAGAGCUGUUCGCCGAUCCGGGCUCGCGGGAACCUGCCACCGGCGCCUCCCACCGCGGCCCACGCGGGCGGCGCGCGGAGGAGGGGGCGGGGGCAGCGGCGGCUGUAGCGGCCACGACCUGGGCGGGCGGAGUGUGACGGGCCUCGGGGCCGCUGUGGAUGGUUUCUAAAAUGAUCAUUGAAAACUUCGAGGCACUCAAGUCCUGGCUCAGCAAGACUCUCGAGCCCAUCUGUGAUGCAGAUCCAUCAGCUCUAGCAAAAUAUGUUCUGGCUUUGGUAAAGAAAGACAAAAGUGAAAAAGAGUUAAAGGCAUUAUGUAUUGAUCAGCUGGAUGUAUUUCUUCAGAAAGAGACUCAGAUAUUUGUGGAAAAACUUUUUGAUGCUGUGAAUACAAAGAGUUAUCUACCUCCUCCAGAGCAGCCAUCAUCAGGAAGCCUGAAGGUAGAAUUUUUUCAGCACCAAGAAAAAGAUAUAAAGAAAGAAGAGAUCACUAAAGAAGAAGAGCGAGAGAAGAAGUUUUCUAGAAGGCUAAAUCACAGUCCUUCCCAGUCAAGCUCCCGAUACAGAGAAAAUAGAAGUCGUGAUGAAAGGAAAAAAGAUGAUCGUUCUCGCAAAAGAGAUUAUGAUCGAAACCCACCUCGAAGAGAUUCCUAUAGAGACCGAUACAAUAGAAGACGAGGGCGGAGUCGUAGUUACAGCAGGAGUCGAAGUCGAAGUUGGAGUAAAGAGAGGGUUCGUGACCGGGAUAGAGAUAGAAGCAGGACUAGAAGCAGAAGCAGAACACGAAGCAGGGAAAGGGAUCUGGUAAAACCUAAAUAUGACCUGGAUAGAACAGAUCCAUUAGAAAAUAAUUAUACUCCAGUCUCUUCGGUAACUAAUAUUUCAUCUGGCCACUAUCCUGUACCUACUUUGAGCAGCACUAUUACAGUAAUUGCUCCUACUCAUCAUGGUAAUAACACUACCGAAAGUUGGUCUGAAUUUCAUGAAGACCAGGUGGACCAUAACUCUUAUGUAAGACCACCAAUGCCAAAGAAACGGUGUAGAGACUAUGAUGAAAAGGGUUUUUGUAUGAGAGGAGACAUGUGUCCCUUUGAUCAUGGAAGUGACCCAGUAGUUGUGGAAGAUGUGAAUCUUCCUGGUAUGCUGCCUUUCCCAGCACAGCCUCCUGUUGUUGAAGGACCACCACCUCCUGGACUUCCUCCACCUCCACCAAUUCUUACACCCCCACCUGUAAAUCUUAGACCCCCAGUGCCACCUCCAGGUCCAUUGCCACCCAGUCUCCCACCUGUAACAGAUGAUAUUUCUUAUUCUUUGGUUUUGACAGGACCACCACCUCCACUUCCUCCUUUGCAGCCAUCUGGCAUGGAUGCUCCUCCAAACUCUGCAACCAGUUCUGUUCCUACUGUAGUAACAACUGGCAUUCAUCACCAGCCUCCUCCUGCUCCACCCUCUCUUUUUACUGCAGAUACAUAUGACACAGAUGGCUACAAUCCGGAAGCCCCAAGCAUAACAAACACUUCCAGACCUAUGUAUAGACACAGAGUGCAUGCACAAAGGCCUAACUUGAUAGGACUAACAUCGGGGGAUAUGGAUUUGCCACCCAGAGAAAAGCCUCCUAAUAAAAGCAGUAUGAGAAUAGUAGUGGAUUCAGAAUCAAGGAAAAGAACCAUUGGUUCAGGGGAGCCUGGAGUUCCUGCAAAGAAGACUUGGUUUGAUAAACCAAAUUUUAAUAGAACAAACAGCCCAGGCUUCCAGAAAAAGGUUCAGUUUGGAAAUGAAAAUACCAAACUUGAACUUAGAAAAGUUCCUCCAGAAUUAAAUAAUAUCAGCAAACUUAAUGAACAUUUUAGUCGAUUUGGAACCUUGGUUAACUUACAGGUUGCCUAUAAUGGUGAUCCUGAAGGUGCCCUUAUCCAAUUUGCAACAUAUGAAGAAGCAAAGAAAGCAAUAUCAAGUACAGAAGCAGUGUUAAACAAUCGCUUUAUUAAGGUUUAUUGGCACAGAGAAGGAAACACCCAACAGUUACAAACUACUUCCCCAAAGGUAAUGCAGCCUUUAGUCCAGCAACCCAUUUUGCCUGUUGUGAAGCAGUCGGUCAAAGAGCGUUUGGGUCCAGUACCAUCAAGUACUAUUGAACCUGCAGAAGCCCAGAGUGCCACUUCAGACCUUCCUCAGAAUGUAACUAAGUUAUCUGUGAAGGACAGGUUGGGUUUUGUAUCAAAGCCAUCUGUUUCAGCAACUGAAAAGGUGUUGUCUACAUCCACUGGCCUAACAAAAACAGUAUAUAAUCCCGCUGCUUUGAAGGCUGCACAAAAAUCCUUACUUGUUUCCACUUCUACAGUUGAUAAUAAUGAAGCACAGAAAAAAAAGCAGGAGGCACUGAAACUUCAGCAGGAUGUAAGGAAAAGGAAACAAGAAAUUUUAGAAAAGCACAUUGAAACACAGAAGAUGUUAAUUUCAAAACUAGAGAAAAACAAAACAAUGAAGUCUGAAGAUAAAGCAGAAAUAAUGAAAACUUUAGAGAUUUUGACAAAAAAUAUUACCAAGUUGAAAGAUGAGGUCAAAGCUGCUUCUCCUGGACGCUGUCUUCCAAAAAGUAUAAAAACCAAGACUCAGAUGCAGAAAGAAUUGCUUGACACAGAACUCGAUUUAUAUAAGAAGAUGCAGGCUGGGGAAGAAGUCACUGAACUUAGGAGAAAGUAUACAGAAUUACAGCUGGAAGCUGCCAAACGAGGAAUUCUUUCUUCUGGUCGGGGCAGAGGAAUUCAUUCAAGAGGUCGAGGUGCAGCUCAUGGCCGAGGCAGGGGUCGAGGUCGAGGGCGAGGUGUGCCGGGUCAUGCUGUGGUGGAUCAUCGUCCCAGGGCAUUGGAGAUUUCUGCAUUUACAGAGAGUGAUAGAGAAGAUCUUCUUCCACAUUUUGCGCAAUAUGGUGAAAUAGAAGAUUAUCAGAUUGAUGAUUCUUCACUUCAUGCAGUAAUUACAUUCAAGACAAGAACAGAAGCUGAAGUAGCUGCAGUUCAUGGAGCUCGCUUCAAAGGGCAGGAUCUAAAGCUGGCAUGGAAUAAACCAGUAACUAAUAUUUCAGCUGUUGAAACAGAAGAAGUUGAACCUGAUGAAGAGGAAGUAUGUUUUUUUUCCCAUUUGUUUUUGCCCUUAAUUGUUCGUAGUUUUUAUAUAAAGUGUUAUUUUUAUGGCUAUUAUACCUUUGUCCUUCCAUGA